UUCUUACCUAAUAAUUAAUUAUGUCUUUAUUCUGUGGCCAUUCCACUACCUUUUUUACCUCUUUUAGGCUCCAAUCCUUGUUUAGCUAGCCACGCCACCGCUCAUGGAAGAUCAACAACUCUUCCAACCCCUCCUAUCCUCCGCCGCCCCCAUCAUCACCCCAACCCUACACAACGCUGAACAUGAUUAUUAUCAUAUCAACAAGAGUUUCUCUUCAUAUUCCAGCAUCAUUCUCCGGCUUUUCAUACUCAUUUCCAUUGGAGUUAUCUCUUUAUGGGCAAAAUAUGAAGCUUCAAAAGGCUUUGGAAUCACAAUAAUCAACGAUAUCAAAGACUCUCCCCUAGGCAAACGCUUCAACCUCUUGUACAUGUCCAACGACAAAGCUACUCGUUUAAUCCAAAGCUCUAGUUCUUUCGUUGAGAACAUUCUUUAUCCAAAUAUCAGCUACACCAAGAAGAAAGUGAACCGAGUCACUCUUCGGCUGGCUAGGUCCAACAUAACCAACUUGUUUGUGGUUGAAACAAACACAAACCAUGAGUUUGUGAUUACUGUAAGUCCAUCAAUAGUGGGUGAUACCAAAAACCUUGAUUAUGCUCUUAAAUCGAUAGUUUUACAGGGAUUGUCCCGCGUAUGGCUAUGGGACGAUGACAGUAAGGAUAAGGCUCCGCCUUGGCUUAUCGACGGCCUGUUGGAAUAUAUAAAGACGGUGGCAGGAUAUGGUCCCAUGAGAGAUUUUGAUGGGUCGGAGCUGCCGGAAUUUGGUCAGUUUUGCAUGGGGGAUAAGGACCCCUGGGCAGUGGCGCAAUUUCUUGACCAUUGUGAGCGGCACAGCAAGGGGUUCAUCCAACGGUUGAAUCAAGCUAUGAAAGAUGGAUGGGAUGAUCGGACGGUAGAGGAUGCGUUAGGGAUAUCAGCACAGAAUAUUUGUCAUUCUUUUGUCAACUCAGCAAAUGGUGAAUUACUACAGUAAGGCUGGACUCACUUGGAUCAGAGCUUGUAGUAACCGCAGUUCCUCCAAAAUUGCAGCUGCUUGGAAUCGGAUUCUUCUGAUAAUAGCUAUUGAAUGCAAAAGAAGCAUGAUCAUGAAGACUAUUGGGAUUGUAACAACUUCCACCACCUU